GGUAAAUACAAAACCACCACCUCCUCCUAUAAAAUCUCCGGACACUUUCUGUCGCUUAUCACACUCUUCUCCACGUUCCUCUUUCCCCUUUCUUUUCUGCUUUUUGCACCCUUUUUCUCAUAUAAAACCAAAAUUUUUUAACACCCAUUAAAAUCAUCCAUUAAUUUUUUUUGGUUCAAUUUAGUUUUUGAAAUAUUUAUCCUUUUUAAAUUUCUGGGUAUUUGUUAUUAUCUGACGCAAAAAAGGGGCAAUUAAGAAAAUGAAGUUUUGCAAGACAUAUCAAGAGUACAUGCAAAAUUGGGAGAGAGAAUUUCCAGGAGUUGGGUUCAAAAAUCUGAAAAAAAUUCUGAAAAAUUGCAGGCAAGACAUUGAUUCCCACAAUUCCCAUAAUGAUGAAAACGGUCAUAUAAUUUCCUCUAAUUGCCCACAUCAGUGUUCUGUAUGCGAUGGCACAUUUUUUCCAUCACUUCUCAAGGAAAUGUCUGAUGUAGUGGGUUGUUUCAAUGAGCGGGCUCAAAAGUUGCUUGCUUUGCAUUUAGCAACAGGUUUCAAAAAGUAUUAUGUAUGGUGUAAAGGCAAGCAGAACCAUAAAUCUUUGAUCGAGGAAGGGGAAGAUCUUGUCACUUAUGCGAUGAUCAAUGCUAUCGCAGUUCGGAAAAUUCUGAAGAAAUAUGAUAAGGUUCAUUAUUCUAAGCAAGGUCAAGCAUUCAAAUCACGCGCUCAGAGUAUGCAUAUUGAGAUACUCCAAUCGCCAUGGCUUUGCGAGCUCAUGGCUUUUCACAUUAAUUUGAGAGAUAAAAAGGCAAAGACAAGAAUGGGUUCUUAUUUGUUUGAGGACUGUUCUCUUAAAUUUACUGAUGGAAAGCCAUCACUGACUUGUGAGCUCUUUGAUUCUGUGAAGGUCGAUCUUGACUUGACGUGUUCUAUUUGUUUGGAUACAGUAUUUGACCCAGUUGCUCUUAGUUGUGGUCAUAUAUUUUGCUAUAUGUGUGCCUGCAAUGCUUCAUCCGUGACUAUAGUUGAUGGACUGCAGGCGGCAUCUCCAAAGGAGAAGUGUCCACUGUGCCGAGAGGCUGGAGUCUACGAGGGCGCUCUACACUUGGAAGAGCUCAAUAUUUUAUUGAGCCGAAGGUGUCAUGAUUACUGGGAAGAGAGACUACAGUCAGAGAGGGCUGAGAGGAUAAAGCAAGCAAAAGAGCACUGGGAAUUUCAGUGCCGAGUAUUCAUGGGUGUCUGAUGAGAUCAAUCUUUUCGAUUUGCUUUGAAUUGAUUGAUUGUUGGAAAGCCUGCUGCCUUUCCCCUUGUGCAUAUGUGAUCCGAAAGUUUUUCUGUGCAGUAAAAGUAAAAGCGUUGAUAUCGAUCUCUCUGUACAUUUUAAGCAAAUAAGAUGCUGCAUUUCUGGUCAGAAAGAAUUCUCGAUCGGGUUGGACUUUGGCGUGCUCGAGACUGUCUUCAUUGUGGAUGAAGAAAACGGAGCCAUUUUAGUUGUGAAUUUUGCAUGGAACCAAAGUGUGUUCACUUAAAUCAUAUACUUGUGUAUUGUAGCAUUGAAAUAAGGAAAAGACUGUGAAUGAUUGGUGAUGUUUUUUUCUCCAUACUGAACUUGAUAUAUCUGUCUACCCAUUACACGAGCAACCAAAAUCUUACUCUGUAUUUACAAACUUUUGAUUAAAAACAACCACACUCAUUGUCCGUUA